UACCAAGAGAGUAAGACAAGGCAAGAAGUACUACUGAUCAGUGUAGCCGGAAGGGGGGCGUCGGCGCAAGGCACUUUGUUUGUGCUGUAUUCAAACUCAUAUGUCAUAGUCCAACAAACACUCCUAUACGUGAGCGCUUUAAGAUCGUCUAGUUAUUUAAUUGAAUGAUCUAAAGUAUACUACAAAAUUUGUUAGGUUUACUAAGAUCAACUUAAUGGAAAGAAGAACUAUAAACUCUAGAAUAGAUAACCGGGAAAAGGUUAUUGUUUAAAGAAAAUGCAAUUCCACCCGGCUGCCACAUUGAUAUGUUUAAAAGUGCUGUUACUCGUAUUUAAACAGUAAUUAUCGUAUUAGAAGGAUCAAUGAUACUGACUGAGAGUAYUGGAAUGGAAAAGAGGAUAGUUGGUUAGAGCUGGGACGCUUUMAAAGAUUUCGACAUUGACAGCCCUUUAUUGCAGUUCUUCGAUCUCAUUUACCAAAAACCAAAUCGUGAUUAACAAUUUAGGAAACAAGAAUAAAAAUAAUGAGCACUGAAUGCAGACAUAAUGAAGCAUGCAAUCUAAACACAUGGCAACAACCAACUACCUCAGUAACGCCUUACAAUCCCAAAGGGUCGCGACAGAGAGACGCCUCGCUUCAACAUGGAAUAAGAUUAAAUUUGAUUUUAUUCAUGUUGUAAAACAAGCUUAUAUCUCAGUCUAUUCAGAGACAAUGUGGAAGACUUUGUAAAAUUUGCUUUAGAAUAACUUGCAUAUAAACARAUAAAGGUUGUAGUCUCGCGGUGAAUACUGUCAUCCGUUUUCAUGUCGCCACUAUAUUAGUAAAACAAAGUACAAAGAACCAUAUGCAUUCACCUUCGCUUUUACUUUUCUUGGCGGAUAUUAUAACUGUAUAGUAAUUGGAUUGAUAUAAUGUGAAGAAUUGAUAUAAAUAGAAGAGGGACACCCUUUAGUCAUUAUUGCAACAGGUACUACUCUGUACUCAAACCUUAWUUUAUAGCAGCACUCAACAGGUAAGCCGUCUUAUUUUUUGUGUUUUAAAUUGUUGUAGUAAUUAGUGGCUGGUGAUCUAUAGACAGCGAACAUUUUUCGGUAAAUCUCUAUCCCGUUAAAGAUUUCAGUGGAGUUUUUUUYCUUUUUUUUCUUUUAUUUAUAUAUUUGUGUGUGUUUGUUGAUUGGUUGGUUUUUCAGUGAGCGACUGACUUCAUAGCUUCAUAGGGAGAUACAAGCACGAUGUUCAAAGGUUUCCUCGUUGUCGCAUCUCUUGUUGUAGUGACUUCAGCCACGGCGUUUAACUCAGARAUUGGCAAGCGACGACGUUGCCAGGAUAUCAUGAUGACUACUCUAUGUCAGCAAUUCGCAAAAGAGGGCAAGUGUUAUAGUGAAUAUUGGGUAGAAAGGAAUUGCAUAAAGACUUGCGGUUUCUGCCAAGAGAAGAGAAAAUGUUUCGACAGAUUCCCAGAAUCAUGUAAAUUAAUAGCCGAAACCGGGGAUACAAGCAAAUGUGUCGAUGAACCUUAUAGGACGAACUGCUACAAAACUUGCCGCACAGGCCCGUGCGCAUAACCAUCAWRCAGGAWGAYAGGAUAUAUGUAUAACUGAAAGUGCUCUGAAUAAACUGGUAAUAAGGGUCA